AGUAGGAACAUAGAUUCUGGCAGAAAAACAACCUGGCACAGAGGUGGCUUAGUUGGUUUCAACAUGAUUGAGUUUAAGACAUAGAGAUAUGGGCAUUUUAGCUAUGGAGAGUAUUGUGCUUGACUCUGCUAGCAGAGUUCGUAAACGAGGUUCACUUCAGUUACAAGGAAACCAUGAUUUGACGUUAUCUUUAUGCACUUCCAACAAUUCUCAAAACUCAGCUGGGUCGAGUUCUAUGCCCGGGACUCCUGUUGGAAUUCAUCGUGGAUACAGGCGAAGCAACAGUGGUCAGCAGAUCAGUGUGAUAUGUACCCAGAAUGAUCAGGAACUAAUGUGUAACCGCUCCAGAACUCGAGCCUCCACCCCUGGACCAAUAUCAAUGACCCACAGCCGGAGCCAACAUCAGCUCCAGAGCUCCUCUGGCCCAGGGGGUCAGGAUAUGGUGUACAUGACCCAGGGUGGGGCAGUGGUAUCUCAAGGUGGGGCAGCACAGCGCCAUAGUUUUGGUGGGAGUGGUCAGUGGAUGUACAUGCCUCGUGGAUUACAAUAUUACAAUGGUCAUCAUCCCAGUGGUCGACACAGUGUCCACAGCCAUAGAACUUCAUGGCUGAUAGGAGAGUUAGCAGGCCUGUACCAACCAGCUUCGCCCCUCAAGUUCCAUCAAAUUUGUGGGGACAAUGUGGAACUCAAUUCUGAUGCCAGCAUUGCUAAGCGAGGCGACAGUUUCUGUAAAGCUAUAUGCUUCAGUAAUCGACCAAUCGCUAUCAACGAAAAAGUGUACAUCAAAUUUGCAGAGACAUCCAGCAGUUGGAGUGGGGUGCUCCGGUUUGGAUUUACAAACAUUGACCCCGGAAGUUUGCGGGGAUCUGACCUUCCUAGAUAUGCAUGUCCAGACAUGACCAACAAGCAGGGAAACUGGGCAAAGGCGUUGGCGGAACGAUAUGCUACACCGAAUAAUACUUUACAUUUCUAUGUGACUCGUAAUGGUGAUGUGUUUUAUGGAGUGAAUGGAGAAGAUGUGGGAUUGUUCUUCACAGGAGUCAACACACAGCUCCCUCUAUGGGCACUGUUUGAUAUAUAUGGCAAUACUCUGGCAGUGGAAUUUGCCAAUCCAGAGCCAGUACGUCUGAACAACAUGGUGAUGUCACCAACAAGUUCAUCAAGUUCUUCUGUCAGUGCAAAUCGAGACCUUGCCUCGUCAUUGUCAUCAUUAUCAAUAAAUAGUGCUCCUACUACAGAGACACUCGGUGGCUUUCCAGCAGUACGUUACUAUGCAAAUUUGACUUUCACGCCACUAAAAUGGCACAUGCUCACUGGUAAAAAUGUCCAAUUAACAGCUGAUCGAAUAGUAGCCACACGCUCUCAGGACGAAUACUGCAAUGGUUAUGUGUUCUCGUCACGACCAUUAAAAUGUGGUGAGAAAGUAGUGAUACAGAUUCUAGGUGUGGAUCGAUCCUAUGUUGGCGGACUCGGUGUAGGUUUGACGGCUUGCAAUCCCUCCAGAGUCCAACUUGAUGACCUACCUGAUGAUUCAGAUUUGUUACUGGACAGACCGGAAUAUUGGGUUGUAAAUAAAGAUGUGUGCAGAAGUCCAGAUGUUGGAGAUGAACUAUGUUUUCACUUAUCAAACGAAGGAGAACUGAGGUACUCCCGGAACAACCAGCGAGUAAGCACCCUGCUUCAUGUGGACAGGACUCUGCCACUAUGGAUUUUCUUUGAUGUCUAUGGAAAUGUCCAGAAAAUACGCCCUUUGGGUACUACUGUCCACCUACCACCUGUGCCACCCCGUCCCCGAUCCACCUCAUACCUGGGGGCUCAGAACUCCCUCACCGUUAUGUUACCUCCUCGGGAUCAGCAACCACAAGCACAAAACCUUGCAAACAUGACCCACUCUAAUGUUGACCAAUCAGGAGUGCCAGCCAAUCAAAAUCCACAGCCUCACAUGCUGCGUAGUUACAGUGUACCUGCAGCCACCCUGACUCAGAUGUCCUCGGGACCGAUGGAUAACGUCCAGAAACAACCUGUGUCCAUGCCUAAUACACCUAACAUUGCUGAUAAUGGCGACAGUGAGGUUCGCGAUGAAUGUACUGUGUGUUACGAGCGGCAAGUGAAUGCUGCUCUCUACACAUGUGGACAUCUAUGCAUGUGCUUUGAAUGUGCAAUUCAGGUGAAGCAGCGUAAGGGAGGCCUGUGUCCUAUAUGUCGACAGGAGAUUAAGGAUGUCAUACGUAUUUAUAAAACAUGAUUUUGUCAUCAGGCUGCUUUACAUCCCUCCUACCUAGUCUCCUGUGUACAUGAUCCCAAUGUCUUUUCACUCUUCACAAUGUCGUGUUUUAGUGAGAACCAGUCUCUUGAGGAAUAGGAACGUGGUAAUUGCUAUCUGUUGGACAGAUAAUUUUACCUAAUAAGUAAUAUCUACAUAAGCAAUUAAUUCUCAUCAUACUGACAUAAGUUCAAUAUUGGACAUCUCUAAAUAAUUCUAUAAGUGUUCCUGUUUACGAUUUAUGAAAAAAAAAUCAGUUUUAUUACAAGUUGAUGAAUGAAGUGAAACUGUAUUUUACAUAGCAUUUUGACAUGUAGUGAAACAUUUAUGAAUUACGUUUGAUAAGAGACAUUGUGUAAAGGAUAACAAUUUUAGGUUAGGUUUUCAUUACCUGUAGUUGGAGAAGUUCUUUCGCUGUAUUUAUUCCAAUAAAAGUCUCCGUCCAAUACUCGCCGUAAAGAAAAUGAAUCACUAUAGAUGUGGACCUGCAGUCCAGAAUGAGAAAAAAACAUAAGUUCAAUGCUGAAACGCACCUCAUUCUAAUUACAAGUGGCUUUUUACACUACUGAGGAAUUACAGUCACUAUCCAAGCAUGAAGAUUUAAAAGUCAUUUUCUUCAAAACGUCAAGCUCCUGGGGUUUUUAUUAGAAUAAAUACAGUAGUUAGAACAGGUUCUGACACCUACACUGUAAAUACAUCUUGUACGUGUAGAUAAUGGAAUAGACAAAUUGACAUGUAUUACCUCCCUUUGCUAUUAUUUUUGCUUAGGUUGCAGGUUUGCAGGCAUUAUUGUUAUUUUAUUUCAUUUAUUUAAUCAGUUCUGUUUUUAAGUUAAUAUUAUUAUAAUUUAACAAAAUGUCUUUAAAUUUUAGUAAUUGUUUCAUCUGUGAUAAAUCCGUUAGAUACACACAAAUAUAUUAAAUUUUGACAUCAUACAUCACUGACUGUUGAAUGCAGUCAAACACAAAUAUCUAUACAUAUAUUUAUUCAUUACUCAUACAUUGUCACACUUUUUCAACCAACUUAAACCUAGAAAUAAAACUACAUGUACUUCCACUAUCACUGCAGACACAACUAAUCUUAAUCUUAAAGUUUUCUCAUAAAAAUCUUUUCAUGUGUAUCUUUGCACACUUUCUCAUAUAGACCUUCCUUUCAAACGCACUCAUUGAUUUUCUCACACACUAUUUUGUAUAUAUGCAGACUGACCUCACAGAUUUUCACACGCAGAAUCCUUUCCUUAUAAUCAAAUAAUCACACAUGAUCUUUUAUUGUAUAAACUGGCCUACGUUUGACAGAAAAUAGUAUUGAUAUAACUAUUUACUAACCAAUUUUCCUAUAACAAAUCAUGUCUAUCACUUUGUAGUGAUGUUGAUAAUUAAGGGAUAAUUAGGUUGCUAAGUACUCUGAUUGAUCAAAGGGAAGUAACUCAAUCAUCUUGUGUUCGAUGAGGGAAAGCAUUGUGAUGUUAUUCAGUGAUAUCAAUUAUUUAUGUAAAAGAAGAGAAGAAUCUCUGUAAUUUUUUUAUUCUUUUGAAUGUGUUCAUGCCUAGGUAAACAGUAACGAAACUCAAAUUCAUUGUAGUUUAUUUUGUGUUCAGAAAUACAGGUGCAUUUUUAUGCUUUAUAUAUUCCAUAAUCUUCUUCUUCUUAUUUACUAAACAGUGUCUCCAAAUGUUUCUACAAUAAAUGAACAAUCCUCAUGUGUAAAUAGGUAUAAAUACUUUCUAAGACUUCGUAAAAGUGCUGAUUUUAAGUUUACAUAGAUUACCUGCUAGUUUAAGUUAUAACAAUGCUUCAAAUUACUUCACUUAAUUUUUGUCACCUUGUUUAAAUUGAUUAUGAAUUUUUCAUUUUGUGAAAAAGUUAUUGCUUUUAAAAGGUUUAUAGUAAAUUUUCAUUCGAAUUGACUCUCAACAAGAACAAUUCACAGAUUCAAUAUCACCAUAAAGACUUCUGGUGAAGAGGUCAUGUGAUGUAUGAUGUCAAAACCGUGUUCAGUUAAAAAUGACAUUAUUUUCAGUACACUUUACUAUGGAAUUUACAAGCUUCAAAUAUAUACAUGUUUUGACUACCUGUAAUUUUGUACAUUUUCUGGAGUUAUCUAAACAUGCUUUACAGUUUUAAAAAUAGUUCCUUGUAAUUGUGUUCCCUAAAAGUACUUCAGUAACAUAGUACCUUUGAAUGUUUUAAGAAAUCUUGUUAUAAUCAUGAUAAAUUGUACCAGAUAAUUUGUAAAAUUAAACAUGUUGUUUUGGUUGUCUAUAGGAAUACUGUCUCAGUUUGUUUAAAACACUAUUUUGUUUCAAGAGCUUAUACCUUAAAAGUAUAAUUACAGACAUGAAAAGAGGAUUUGAAAGCUAAAUAGAGGUUUAAACUUAUCCUUGUAGUUUGUUACUUAAAAACGUUUGCUGGCUAAGAGCCCAAUUUUUGAUUUCUGUUAUUCUUAUUGCAACAUAUGGACAUAAAUAUUAGUCUCAAGUUUGAAUGAGUCUGCUAUAGUAUAUUGUGAAAUUGCUAUUCUCACUCUAAGAAUCUACCAUAAAAAAUUCUCUAUAUUUUUUUUUAUUUGAUAUUAGGUGAUGAAGUUUUAUAAAAUGCUCAUCAUUCACAAUGAAUACACCUAUAUCUACAUGAUGUAUAUUUUGGCACAGCAACAGUCCCUAUACAUUGUACAUGUAUAAGGCUGAAACAGGAAAAAGUAUUUAAAGUCUUUAUUGAUGGUUUAUACCUUAUAGGACCUCAGGAUGUUUCAACUUUAUUUUUUGUUCAUAAAUUCUUGUAUUCAGUAUGAAACUUACCUAACUUAAAACUGAUUGUUAUAAGGAAUUACCUGCAGUAGAACUACUGUCAAUCAUUUAGAUUCUGCAAAUACUUUAUUUUGCUAACUUACCUAUUCAGACAUAUUUGUGAAUACAUAAUUUUGCGAACAUUGAUUUAGAAAUGAUUUUAAAUUUGCAAAUGAUGAGAUAUAAGAGACAGGACUGUUAAGGACUCUGAUAUAGGAAAUGAAAUCAACAUGAAUGCCAUCCCCAGUUAUAUCUAAAAACUUACAAUUGUCAUUCCUAUGUACUGUAAAGUAUUUUAUACAGACAUUUAGAGCUUGUUUGAGAGAUUCAGUACAGUCUUUUAACGUAGCAUUGUUUCAACACUGUAUGACUAUACUUGCACAAAAGUCGUUGGAAAUAGAACAGAAAUGAUGCUCCAAUAAACAGUUGAAAAUAACCACAACAAUUACAUAUAUCACUAUAUUAACUAGUAAAAUAAUGCACCUCUAAAAUAAAAUAACCACUGAAAUUAAAUUUUCAAACAAUAAAACCACAAAUUUAUCCCUUAAUUAUGUUACAUCUUUAAGAUUUCUGAUACAGUACCAUUAAUCUGACAUAAGAUUACAAAUAAAAUUUACCCUGAAAAAAGGUUAUCAAUCAAAUAUUAUGUACUGUUACCCUGAAAUGAGGUAACCACAAAACAAUGUGAACGGUUACCCUGAAAUUAGGUUACCAACUAAAUAAUGUGUGCUGUUACCCUGAAAUUAGGUUACCAACUUAAUAAUGUGAAUGGUUACCCUGAAAUUAGGUUAAUAACUAAAUAAUGUGUGCUGUUACCCUGAAAUUAGGUUACCAACUAAAUAAUGUGUGCUGUUACCCUGAAAUUAGGUUACCAUAAUGUGAACGGUUACCCUGAAAUUAGGUUAAUAACUAAAUAAUGUGAACGGUUACCCUGAAAUUUGGUUACCAACUAAAUAAUACGUACGGUUACCCUGAAAUUAGGUUCCCAAAAAAAUGUGUACUGUUACCCUGAAAUUAGGUUAACAACUAAAUAAUGUGAACGGUUACCCUGAAAUUAGGUUACCAACUAAAUAAUGUGAACGGUUACCCUGAAAUUAGGUUAACAACUAAAUAAUGUGUAUGGUUACCCUGAAAUUAGGUUACCAACUAAAUGAUGUGUGCUGUUAUCCUGAAAUUAGGUUACCAACUAAAUAAUGUGU